CUCAAUCAGAUACUGUGCGGCUCUUCCAAUGGUGUCGUCAAAGUAUACUACGACCCGAACCGGUCGGACAGAGGCGCCAAACUUUGUGUCGUUAAACAUAAACGCAAAUAUAGAGAGAGCUAUGAAAUGAUUGAACAACAGAUCAUUGCGCCACACGCUCUGCCGCUGUUCAAGACUGACCGCAAAAAGUCACACCGACUACAGAUGCUUAAGGCGCGCAAAGAUCCGGUCAAAUCUCGGCGCCCAGAGCUGCCGGUGAACGGUCCCGGAGCGGGCGGUCGUAUAGCUUCUGCCGGCAAUACUUUCGCCUCAUUUAUAGCCAAACAAAUUGGUAUUAAGAAUAAGAUCGAUGACAGCAUUGAUCCGCGAGAAGCCAUUCUCAGACACGCCAAAGAAGCGGCUGAGAACCCGUAUUGGGUGUCACCGGCCUAUACGGCCACUCAGCCUAAGCCCGUGUUCGCCGCCGAAACCAAGGAUGACGACGACGACGAGCCGUCGGCUAAGAAGCCACACAUUCCUAUUUAGACCAAUCGUGUUAUCAUUUAAUAAUUCAUUUUUUGUAAAUAUUGUAAAUAAUUUAUAAAUUAAAGAAUUUUCCCGCAUUUCCUAAUA